AUGUCCGCAUCCUCCGUUGCUCCGAAGCUCUUCUGCUAUGGGAUCUGCUGCUGCGUCCUCCUCCUCCUGGCCGCCCUUUGUUGGAAGGAGCCGCCCGAUCAGGAUGUGACCUUGGAAAACGGCCUCGAGGCAGCUCUAGUUCGAUCAUAUCGAUCUUUGUCUGAGCACAAUUCCGAGUCGUUGCCCCUCCUAUUAGAGAUUCAGGCAUGGAUGGAGCCAAGUUUUCGAGCCCUUCCAAAGGUAGCAAAAGGUCGGGUCGGUCCUCGUGGUGCUGCUCAUUUGGUGCACUUGUUCUUCAAUACUAACUUUGGCAUCAACUUUGGCCUUCAGAACGGCAAUCCAUUUCAUCGGGAUCCAGUGAAGGCUUUGGCUGAAGUCAGCCUUCUACAAACCAGAGCCCCGAAGCUGUCGCAAGCGAUGGCAGGGUUGCCGGCAACCUACUCCUUGCCGGAACUCGCUGCCUACGUGGCUGUGCUCCAAAGGCUCAUCAUCAAAGAGAUCCGCAUUGCCCUGAAAGUUGCAUGGAGACUACGCAAUCACACCGCCAAUGCGCAGCUUCCGCCCAAGGAGCUUCGCCGAGUUCUGGCAUCGGCGCUGAUCCUUUUGCACGAUUGGGACCGUGUGCUUCUACAGCCUUCGACCCUGAAGCUGAAGCAGUGGACAGAUGCGGCCAUCAUCCGCCGAUUUCGUCUGCACGAGCAGGCGGCCACCCAGAAUGUGGAAUCAUGGAAACAGUUGAAGAAGUUUGUGGCCGAAACGACGCGACGUGCUCUACCGCAAGAGGAAAGAUACUCGUUCAAAUCAGCUACACCAGCCUUCCUGGAGCUCUUCCGGACAUACGGGUCUUUCCAGAAUCUGGACUGCCAAGACAUGAAAACCGUCUUACGCGGUUUGGACGAAACAGGGCAUGGCAGAGUCUCGCUUGAGGCAUUCUACAGCGUGCCGGAGGUGCCUAACAGCAGGUUCUACUUCCGAGAGUCGUCCCAGAAGUUAGAUGGGCUGGGACUUGUGGAUUGGAGUCUGUGGAUGCCCCGCGUUCUGGCGACAAAUUAUGUGGACGGAGCACACAAUUGCGUAGCUCCGAAUCCACACUUCUCAGUUUGCUGCAUCGACGAGUGUGGAAGCUUACUCAGGCAAAUGGAAGCUGGUGUGGAGGCCCCUACUUCAUCACCGGAAAGGCUUCUGGACAUCGCGAAUCAACUCACGUUAAGAGGCAACUUGACGAAGGAACUGGAAGAUCGUCUCUACGAGAUUGCCCAUGCCAAUGGCGGCCAAGUGAGCCUGCACGGACGGCUCUUCGCGCAGUGGCUACACCUCUGGCAGCCCUACAAAUGUGCUUAUCCGCAAGUUCCCGGCUUUCAAUAUGAUCCGGCCCUGUGGAGGGACAGGAAAUACACAUGGAACGUUCAGGAGAAGGAGUCGUUUGUUUCAUCGUUGAGUGCGUUGCCGAAGCAAAGCUUGCACAACAGCAAUCUCCUUGCGUGGUGGAGUGAUGAAGAAUCGUUGCCGCUGUCGGAAACAGAAUCCGACGGCUGGUCUUCCACGGAUAGAGCUAUCGCGUACUUCUUCAGCUUUCAAUUUGCGGCCCAGCUGCUUAUUGUGAUCAGUGGCAUGCGAGACUUGAUUCUGAUGGUGCAGGAAUCAGGUGGCCGGCGACGCGCGUCGAAGAAGUUGGCGGAAGCUGACCCCAAGCAAGACCAACGAGACGGAGAACGAAGCAAAGAGCCCAUGGAAGACAAGACGCCGGCAGAACCCGUGGACAAAGGGAAGCAGGUACUACGAGCCAAGACGGGUGAGUGCCAUGACAACAACGCAGGGCAAGAGGUCAGCACAAAAAGGUCCAGGCAAAAAGGUGGGUCGGAGGCUUCAAAACAGCCAGCCAGAAAGGAAGGCUACAAAGCAAGCAAAAGAAGCAAAGUCACGCCCAAGGCGAUGCCCAAGGAGCCUGCCAAGCAGAAAGGGAUGCGCCAGGCCUUGAAUUUGGUGCCCCCAGCACCGAUGUCCUCGCCUCGAAAGUUGGACGAAGUCGAGAACCAGCACUUCGCCAUCGCGAAGAUAUUUGCGGAGGUUGAGGAAGCGGAUGCGAACCGUCCUGACCAAGAGAGAGAGGAAGAAUCGGAAGAAGUGCCUGCUGGCCUCGUGACCCAGCAAGCUAUCUACGAAUGGCUUCACGAUCCGCAGGAACCGCAGGCUGAUCCGCACAACCACACCAGCACCGAUGGCGCAGGAGAUGAAAGUGAGACCCCCACCAAGACGGCGGAUGAGACCAUGGCCACCUCGCACCCGUCGCACCCGUCGUACCCGCCACACCCAGAACCAGCAUCGUCACCGCGGCACGAGAAGGUUGCGGUGGCUGACUGGUUAUCGAAUUUUUCUGAAAAGUUGAACAAAGCAGAGCCGGACGUAGGAACGCCGCCAAAGCCACUUGCAGACAAGGUGGGCAGCGCCUCUGAAUGGCUGGCGCAGGCAGCAGAGAUGAAGGUUCUCGAGGAUUUGGAUGGCCGCGGUGGCAUGCCGAAGGCAUCGGAGCCAGAGAGGCGCCGUGAAGACGAGGACCUCGUGCAAAAAGACAUGGUGUUUUGGUAUGGAGCCACAGCUGAGCAUCCGGAGAAUCUGGGGCCAGGCUUUCGACCGCCUCCUGGCUUGGAAAUGCUCGGAUCUCUUGGGUCGAACGUGCCUCUACAAAUGAGUUUAUAG